AUUACCUCCCUUGAAUGCGAAAUUUGGAAAAAACAUUGGCAAAUUAUGAAUUUCUCAUGGCUUGAAUUGUUAUAACAAGUUGAUAUUUUAUGGAAUGAUAAUGUAGAUAACUUGUCAGGGAGGUAAGCCGCAUAAUAACUUCUGCUUGAUUAAAAUACAAAUUGCUUCCAUCCCCUAGCAACUUCUCCAUUUUGUUUAUCAAAUAUGGCGGAUACAUAACGAGCUGAAAGAACUAUAGUAUGCCAACAAGUAUGAUGCAAGUAAGCCAACCUGUCACCCAUUCCUUGGGUGGACAGACCAUCAAACAAGCUCCAGAGUUAAAGUCCGUCAAAAAAUCUGGUGGAAUCAAUAUUGAGAUAGUUGAAAGAUCUAUAUGCAAGCCGGAAGAGCUCGGUAUUGAAGUUGUGGAAAAGAUUGUGUGGCAAGGUUGGGAGCCAGGAAGAGAAUACACAAAGAACAUUGUUCUAAAAAAUGUGAAAGUGAAGACUCAGAAAAUCAAAUACAAUGUACCAAGCACACGAUUUUUCACUACAUUGUACCCCAAGCAGAUUGUGCUUAGUGCAGGGACCAGCUUCUCUCUACCAGUCACAUUUCGACCACUAGAAAAAUCUGUAUAUGAUGAUAAGAUUACAUUUCACACAAAGGAGGGAACUUUUGAGAUCCCAAUCAAAGCAGUGCUUCCGAAAUAUGACAUUGAGGUUCCAACAAGGGUCAGUUUUGAUAUGUGUGCUGCAAAAGAUUUUAUUGAAGCAACCUUUGUUGUGGCUAAUUCAGGUGAUUUAGAAACAGAACUAGAAUGGCAGGUAGGGCAACCAUUCACUAUUGAACCUGAGGUUACAAAACUUGGACCUAGAGAGAGCAAAAUGUUUAAAGCAACAUUCAAACCAGAUUCUGCCACUGGAUAUGAAGCUGUGGCUGUAUGUAAAUAUGGCCAAGAGGGAGAGCUUUCAAAAACAACUACUCUAGUAGGAAUAGGAAAAUAUCCACAUAUAAUUGUUUCAUCUGUGGGUAAGCCAUCGACCACACUGAACAAGGCAACACUCGAGGCCGUGAUAGAGUUUGGACCCACUGCUGUGGGUACAACUGUACAGAAAAUGGUCGAACUUCACAAUCUCUCCCCAGUUCGAGCACCAUAUAAAGUGGAGCACCCAUCAGCACUUAGUCGUAUCGAUACAGUGUUCACAUGUCCAAAAAUGCAGGGAAUUGUUCCACCAAUGUCCUCAGUAAAAAUUCCUAUUUCAUACAGUCCGAACAUGGUUGAUGUCGUGAGUGUGGAUUAUUUCAAUGUGAUAGCCAUAGGCAAAAUAAGUAAAAGUGUCAUCAAAUGUGUGGGCUCAUCAAAAGGCCCAGAAGUACAGCUUGGUGCUAGAAUAGUCAACUUUUUACAGAUAGAUGUUGGGGAUGUUGCCACACGAACUAUUGACCUUAUCAAUAAUUCAGACAUAGAUGCUGAGUACCAGUUUAUGAUAGAUUGUAACGAGAGUGUGUUUAAGUUUGAGCAGACCGCAGGGACGUUGAAGGCUCAUGAAAAAAGAACAUUGAUUCUCAAGUUCAUUCCCCAGCAUCCAAUAAAUUACUACAGAAGAGUAGCUUGUGUCAUACAUAAUAAGGGCCCUUUGUUUCUUGACUUGUUGGGAACAUGUCACUCGGAGCUCGUCAAACCGGCAGUGUUACAGAGCAAGCAUCUAGAUAAUUAUCGUACACACAUAGAGCGCGGCUUCUCCGUGUUCCCGCCAGAACAGCUGAACGAGCUCCGUCAGCAGGGGAGACUUGAACUUGAUGAUGCAGGGGCAUUAAUGGCACCUGUGAAGGAACCUUAUGAAGUAGCACCACUGGAAAGCUUACGCUUUGAGAACAGUUAUUAUUCGAAAAAGUCUCACUGUUCACCAGAUAGUAGUGUGUUGAUUGGUACCGUAGAGAACCCAGCUGAGCAUCCUUUACACCAGUUUGCUCCGAUGGACGAGUAUUUUAAUGAUGGUUUCCACUCUGAGGUUAUUAAUUUUGUACCACAUGUAAGUCUGGAUGUGAACGUCCUAGAUUUUGGUAAUUGUCAAAAUUUGCGUGUUAUCGAGGAUAAGAUUCUUAAUUUGACCAAUCAUACGAAAGGAAAAGUCACGGUUCAGUGGAUUGGAGGACCAGAGAAGACAUUUUCAGUGACACCAGAGGUCAUCGAUAUCCCGCCUCUCAAAUCAUGUGCAUUCCAAGUCAAAUUUAAACCAAAUGCUCCAAACCAGUUUUUCGGCUGCGAACUAGAAUGUUACGUUUUCUACAAGAGUCUAAGAGAUUACAAGCUAGUAGAGAGCACAACUCACUGCCCACCAUGGUGUAUAACACUUUCCUGUACAGGUCAUACAUUUAUGCCAAAUAAUGAGACAUUCCUACCAAAAUAUACGAUGGACUCGGACAACCUGGUGUUCCCGGCGGUCAAUGCUAAAGAGUCAACGUACCGGACAAUAUUGAUGACUAACACAGGAACCACCCCGAUACUGUUUGACGUGGAGAAAGAUCCCUCAAAGAUAUUUUCUAUCAAACCUGCUAAAGCUUUGAUGAAAGGUCAGAGGCAGAUCUACGUGGUGAAGAUUUCCCCAAGUGAGGUAAAAACGUACAAACACAAAAUGAAAAUGAGGCUGAAUGACAACAACAAAUACGACAAGGAGUUGAAGUUAGUUGGUUCAGCAGAAGCACCAUUGGUGUUGUUAGAUACACAAGGAGAAAUGUUCUUUAAGCCAACAUGUAUAGGAACCUCGUCCAAACGUACAUACAGUAUAAAAAAUGUAUCCAGAAUCCCACUAAGGUAUGAGUGGAAGAUGAGAUUUGCUGACAAGAAUCUCCUCUCAGUGUAUCCAGAGUCUGGAAUUAUCCAACCAAAUGAAAGUCAGUCUCAGUUAUGGUCCUUUGUUCCAAAACAAGAGCAGAAAUACCUAAUGAAACCAGCAUUGGUUGUCUGGGGUCAAGGGUUCAGUUCGACAUCGUCAGGCGGGAAGAAGAAACAAUUUGAUGUCAGAGCUGUAGGUGAGGGCUCUAUUGGGGACAUUAAGGCAGAGGAAGGAUACAUUGACUUUAGUGAUGUAAUCGUGGGUAGUUCAGCGUCGAAACAUAUAACAUUGUUCAACAACAGUAUCUGUAGCUUACACUAUAGACUGUCCAUAGAUCAGACACUAGAUGGACCAUACCCUGAUGAGAUGACCAGAUCUGAUAUGAUUGGGCUCGAACUUGACAGGAUGGAGGGUAUAAUACCAGCAAGGUCGAGACAGGUCAUCUCAGCCAUGGUUAGACCUGUCCGACGUGUCACAUACCAGUUUGCUAUAUCCUACCAGCUGGUCACACCAGAAGAUAAAGACAGUGUUUCUACACAAGAACCACAGCAUUUAUGUCAUAUCCUAGCAACAGGUGUAUUCCCAACAAUGUCCAUCACUGAUGCCAGGUGCUUCGGCAGUGCUGUGGGCAUUAGUAAGAAACAACUUUGGUCAUUGUUCUCACUUGACAGUCUAAAUGUUUGUCUGGACAACGACCCGUCUGCCCGUGAGUUGAUGUACAGCGUACAGACGAGACACAGUCACCAACGACGACCUCCGGUGUACACAAGGGCCAUCAUGGACUUUAACUUCAGUGCCGCACCACUCGGCAGUGAACCAUGUAUUGUCAGCCUAAUGUUUGAAAACACAGGAACUGUUGCUACUGAAUGGGCGUUUUUGUUCCCAUCUGAUCUGCACAUGGAGUUAGAGUACUGGGCAGAGACAGGGGAAUUUGAUGAGGAUGAAUUACACGAGAUGAAAGUUAUGGAUAAUAAUCUGUUCACAAUUGAGCCAAAGAAAGGCCAGUUACAACCAGGCGAGUGUGGUACGGUCACCUUCCAGUACAGACAUACGAUGGCUGGUACUGAUAGACUGCCUGUGCUCCUUAAAUUAGCCAGGGGCAGAGAAAUCCUGCUGAAUUUUAUCGGUGUGACAGUAGAACCAGAGAGGAGAUAUAUUCAUUUCCCGUCCAGUAAACAUAUGUUUACACCAGUUCCUGUAGGAGAGAAGAUCAGCCCUAAACAGGUAUAUGAGUUGUACAACGGAGGUGCUGUGCCGGUCCGGUACCAGUUUGAUCUUACACCAAUGGAGCUCAUCAAGCAGGAGAACUUUGAUCAGCCCAUCUUUGAAUGUUUGAAUCCCGUGGGGGAGAUACCACCUGGCCGCACCCUGAAUAUUGAAUGGAGAUUUUCACCUAUUGAGGCCAAAACUUACAUGGUGGAUGUUCCGAUUCACGUACAUAAUGGUGACACUGCCAUUGUUACGUUUACUGGCGUUGGUUAUGACAAGAGGAUUAUGGGAGAUACAAUGCCGCUUACCGAUCAACAAGAUCUGACCGGAGUGCCCGGUGUGCAAAGUGUACCAGUUCCUGGACAGCUUGCAUUUUUGUCCCAAGAGAGGCUAUCAUUUGGAAACCUGCCGUUAUUCUGCCGUGGUCGUAGAAUGGUGUUCAUCACUAACAGAUCUAAAACUAGACCAGUCUCAUUUGAAUGGCAUGUCACAUGUCCAUCUGAUAGUCAGUAUCUAUCAAUUGCACCUGUAAGAGGCUAUCUUAACCCUGGUGAGGGUAAAAUGUGCAGAGUCAUCUUCAUUGCUUGUGGUCAGCCAUCUUUCUAUGACCUUGACCUUGUUUGUGAGGUAACAGAUCAGGUAGAAUAUGGAAACUAUCAGAAUAGAUUGAAGGAGUGGGAUGACGAGAGAUUGAGACAGAAAUACGAGUUUACAAUAACCGAGGACGAUCUAGAUGCCGACAAACGUGUCGGUAGUCCGGAAAUCACUGACCGACCACUGUCUAGACUGAAAACAAUGGAAGAGUGUAGAAGAUCCACUGAAUCUGCUGAUCUAGCCAGAUACAGGACUUUACCGCCAAUAAGUAAAUUAUCUCCUGACGAGGAGAAACAGGAAGGUGAACGAGUACGCAGGAAAGAGGAUGUAUUGUGGGAAAAACCGGAACCUCCGACCCCGUUCUUACUCCAUCUUGGACUCACCGCAAGAACUCAUGACAUCCGUGCAUUCCAGACCAAUUUUGCAGAUGAUUAUAAGAAAUUCUAUGUGGAUAGAUGCCUCAGUGAGAGAGAGGCUCAAAUGGACCAGUCAACGCAGUCUGCGCCGGCUCAUCAGCAUGAGACCAAGAGACCAGACCUUAUUCCAUGUCUCCAGUCCGAGUCAGAUGUUAUUGGUAGUGUCAUGGCUAAUGUUCUCAGAGGAUUACUGGAUGACACGAGUUUCCAUUCCUCUGUGCUGAAGGUAAUGAAGGACCCGAUUCCUAUAUUCGCUCAGAUAGGAGAACGUAGGAUACUCGACGCCCCACAAGAAUCUGGGUCUCCUCCCGGCUCUCCGGUAGAGAUGACAACAGAUAUGGUAACAGAGGAGACGAGUGAGCGAGCAACCAGUCUACCUGCCACGCCCACAUCUGUUAGUUCUACAGCUUCAAGUAAAAAGAAGACGAAGAGUAAAACAGGAUCAGUGUCUUCAGGAAGAAGCAAGACUAGUGGCACUGGAGCAUCCAAGACUAGUACACCUAGGUUCUCUAAGGCUGAGGUGAUGAAAGUUAAACAAGAAGAGGAACAAUUGAAACAAAAACAGGACCUGAAAAAACUGCCAGAAUUUGGAAAUGCCGUGGAAGGGAUAAUAGAGAACACAUUACUCAAUGUAUUAUCAGAGGCCCUUGAAGGUGAAUUUAACAUCACAUCGAGGCCCCGAUUUAUUGCUUUACCAAAAAGAAAUGGAACUGGGUCCAGCAAAGGAUUAAAAUCAUAAUUGACUGUAAUAAUGUUUUUAUUAACAAUGUUGUGAAAGACUGAUAGCUAUGAUGUGUUUUAAUUGUAAAAAUUGACAAAUAAACUUUUUGACAAAAA